UAGAACGAGAAUAAUAGAAAAGUGAAUGGGCUUGAGCCCAUGAAUUUGAAACAGAAAAGAAUGAAAAUGGAUUUGGGUUUCGAUUCUCCACCAACCCCGAGGGCUACAAAACCGGUGAUAUUGGCGCGCAUGACUUUAGAAAGCGACAAACCGACGGCCGGAGAAUGUGAGUGAAAAAGGCGUCCAUGUUCAGAGACAGAGCAACAAUAUUCAUAUUCAUAUUGACCUUGUCUCUCAAUCCUGCCCCCCUCCCUCAAUGCCGGUAAUUGCGUAUUGAUUUUCAAACGAAGGAGAAGAAGAAGAAGAGAAACAGCGAGGCAGACAGAACGAGGAGAUGGUGAUGAAGAAGGCGACCACAUUGUUGGAUGAUCUAUUACAGAACGCUGGAGGUUGUGCGGUGAUUGAUGGAGGUUUCGCCACGCAACUUGAGAAACACGGCGCUGUCAUUAACGAUCCACUUUGGAGUGCUGUUUGCCUCAUUAAUGAUCCUGACCUAAUCAAGAAGGUCCAUUUGGAGUACUUAAAGGCUGGAGCAGAUAUUUUGGUUUCUUCAUCUUAUCAGGCCACCAUUCCUGGGUUUAUAUCAAAGGGGCUGUCCGUGGAAGAAGGGGAAUUGCUUUUAGAAAAGAGUGUUAAAUUGGCCAUUGAAGCUCGUGAUGGUUUCUGGGAUUCUGUGAAGAGUAUCCCAGGGCAUAAGUACCAUAGGGCUUUGGUUGCAGCAUCCAUUGGAAGCUAUGGUGCCUAUCUUGCUGAUGGCUCAGAGUAUAGUGGGCAUUAUGGGCCAGAUGUGAAUGUGGAUAAGCUGAAGGACUUUCAUCGACGCAGAUUGCAGAUUCUUGUUGAUGCAAGCCCAGAUUUGCUUGCAUUUGAGACUAUUCCCAAUAAACUCGAAGCCCAGGCCUGUGUGGAGUUGCUCGAAGAAGAAAACAUCCAAAUUCCAUCUUGGAUCUGCUUUAGCUCCAUAGAUGGUGAGAAUGCACCAUCUGGAGAGAGCUUCGAGAAGUGCCUCCAUGCAAUUAAUAAAAGUGACAAAGUAAAUGCAGUAGGCAUAAACUGUACACCUCCUCAUUUUAUCGAAGCCCUCAUUACAAAGUUCAAAGAGUUAACAAACAAGCACAUUGUUGUCUAUCCCAAUAGUGGCGAGGUAUGGGAUGGCAGAUCCAAGAAAUGGCUGCCAUCAAAUUGUUUUGGUGAUGACAAAUUCGAAUCAUUUAGUUCAAGAUGGCGCAAUUUGGGAGCAACAUUCAUUGGAGGCUGUUGUCGUACAACACCGUCUACCAUCCGAGCUAUAUCAAAGGUUUUGAAAGAAAGCUCUCAUUAGUGACAAUUGAUAAGUUGACUGUCUGUAGCUGGAUGAG